CACAACUCUGCUCAUCUGGAGACAGCUGUGCGCCCUGCAGAAUUUGUGUAGUGGGUCUCCUCUGGAGAGUGGCGCGGGGAUGAGCCCCGGCGGGUACCUGAGGGGGGCAGCGGCACUUGAGGGUCCCCCGGAGAUUGUGGCACGAUCGCAAACCUAUCAAAAGUCUGUCUAUAUCGCAGUGACCUUUCUGGCAUUGCUGCAACUUGGCUGCACUUUGGGUCUUUUUCUCUAUGUCAAGAUGGAACCAAGAUGUAUAUGUGAAAAAGAGUGUGAUAAAGAAAGGUUAAAAUCAUGUGAAGUUAUGAAAGAGACAAUAACUGCAACAGUAAAAAAGGAGAUACAAGCACAAAGUGCACGGAAUGAACCGUAUGUAGGGAAUGCUCCAGAGGUAUCAAGUCACCCCAGGAACCUCAAUCAUCAGACCUGGCCAGUUGCUCAUCUUACAUAUGUCAAUAGUACAGAAACCAGCAACCAAGGGAUAGAGCAGCUUUUUUCCUGGAACGAUAAAGAAGGUUGGGCCCACCUACAGAAUAUGAUCUACCGCAAUGGGACGUUGACAGUCUUACAAGAUGGAUACUAUUUUAUCUAUGCUAAUAUUUGCUUUAGACGACAUAAAGCAGCACUGAAGAUUUCCCAGAAUCCCUUGCAGCUCAUGCUUUAUGUCAAUAAAUUAUAUAAGAAUGGAAAGCAAAAAACUUUGCUGAAGGGAGGAAAAACUGAAAUUUGGUCAAAUGAUUCACUGUAUAACUUUUAUUCGGUCUACAAAGGAGGUGUCUUCAAACUGGUGGCUGGGGAGGGGAUACUUAUUAAAGCCUCCAAUACGGCCCUAAUCGAUCUUUCUCAAGAAGCAACUUAUUUUGGGGCCUUCAAGAUACUUGAUAUAUACCUCUAA